AAACAACAAAAACAAAACAAAAUACAUCGCAAUGAUCACACGCUCAACACUAUUUACAAACACACCCCAACAGCAAUCGAACACUCAACCAAAACACACGUACCACACGCAUUACCUGAUUUAACAUAUUAGAGCUUGAAUAUGGGUCCUAAAUCCAGGCGUCAGGUGACCGCAACCCGGUCAGAAGGGCCGCCCAAAUUGGCUGGCAAGGAAGACAGUGAAACACUCAGCACACAACUUGUAGAUGACAUCCCUGACCUCGACGAAUUUAUGGACCUUAUAUUCCACUCACGUAUGCUCCUCGCUGUCGUAUGCGGACUUGUGUUCGGUAUAACGGCUAUGCAAGGGAGUGUGCCGAUUGCGAUAUACUUGGUGACCUCUCUGGUGCUGGGAUUGGGAUUGCCUAUGUUUAGAGGUCUGAAUGCGAACGAUUUCGGGGGCGAGCAAUCGUUUAUGAAUGAGGCCGUGGCACCUGCUCUGGGCAUAUUCUUUGCUGUUUGGGUGGUUACGUACAAUAUUGUGCACCAAUAGUUUGUUGUGUUCGAUAUACGUAGCUAUAUAUACAUGCAAACAUAUUAAUACGAUCAUAUAUAUAUAUAUAUACGUGUACAUUCAUUUAUAGUCCUGUUUGUGUGUAUAUAUAUGCGUCGACGUAUAUAAAAUUUCUACGUUUAUGUGAAUAUAACGUUAGGUUAUUGUCUAUACAGAUGUAUGAUAUAUACCUUUGAAGGUUUCCACUGUCGUUAGUUGUGGAUGGACACUUCUGGCAGAGCGUGACUACGAAAGUUGCGAGCAUGACUUUCAGCUAGUGAGCGGUUGCAUAAAGGACUUCCAGAUAUAAUUCGAACAUCAUUUUGCUUGAUACGAAACGAUCGUGCUGAAGAGGGAAAUGAAGCAUUGUACCGUACAAUUCGUUGGUAUUUGCGAAGGAAACCUUUGUAAUUGGAACGGAAGGAGACCUCCGGACCGGGUUGUAGCGCCAAUUCCAGAUGCCUUUCUGCCAUUGUAUAGAUGCUGGCAGUGUAAUGCGACUACAAUAUACACACUGAUCUGUAUAUUGAAGAAGAAUAGUCUCGACUAUGGGUUUUGAGGCAUUGGCGCUAUAAGAAGAACCGGUGGCGAGGUUGGACACGGGUAUGUCAGCAAACAAUAGAAGACUUAUAUAUGCAAGGAAGAGCUUCGAAUGGGAAUGCUGCUUAGAGAAUGUCCAGUGGGCGUUCUUGCUUGGCGUACAGUACAUAAGGGGAAUUCCGGAUGGGUGCAGCGAUACAAUGACGAUGAAGAUUUUUUUCGUCUAUGCUCUAGCUUUGGGAUAUACCUCCUGCGUGAGGGGAGACUUUAACGAGCCCGACUAUAGAAGUGAGCGGUCGGACAACACCGAGACGGUCCCGCCCGUUCUUAUUAGAUUGAUGGUGCAUCGUGGAUAGGAUAUAAUAUAAAAUGUUGUACGUAUAUGUCGGUCUAAAAGAAUGGUUACAGAGAGGUAUGAG